AUGGCAAAACAAGUCCUUCAAAAGCAAGACUUAGCCUUUUCCACUAGAUUUAUCACUAAUGCCCUUCAAGCACAUAACCAUUGCAAAUUUUCUGUGGCAUGUCUUCCUGCNGCUGGGAAGAUUAACCUAGCGGAUUAUUUCCCUAUACUUGAAAAGUUUGAUCUUCAAAAAAUAAUGUAUCGCACAAAUAUCCAUUUUGGUAAGUUGUUUAAACUUUUAGGUGAUUUGAUCAAUGAACGAUUAGAGGAAAAACAAAGCAGCCACGGUGAAAAGAAUGAUGUUUUGGAAGUAUUACUCAACCUCAGUGCAGAAAAUCCCAAAGAGAUAGAUCACAAUCAUAUAAAAUCACUGCUCCUGGACUUAUUUUCUGGUGGUACUGAUUCACCAACAACCACAUUAGAAUGGGCAAUGGCAGAAAUACUAAGACAACCAGAAAUUAUGAAGAAAGUCCAAGUUGAGCUUGCAGAAAUCGUUGGAAAAGGAAAACCAGUAGAAGAAUCAAAUAUUCCUAAACUCCCUUACUUGCAAUUCAUUGUCAAAGAAACCUUGAGAUUGCACCCACCAACUCCAUUUUUAAUACCCCGAAAAGUUGAGCAAGAUGUUGAAAUGUGUAACUAUAUCAUCUCGAAGGGCUCACUAGUACUAGUUAAUGUGUGGGCGAUUGGCCGAGAUCCUACUUUUUGGAAGGAUCCUUUGGUAUUUAAACCCGAGAGAUUCCAAAGUUUAGAAGUGGAUAUGCGAGGGCAAGAUUUUGAAUUGAUUCCUUUUGGUGCUGGUCGAAGAAUAUGUCCUGGUUUACCAUUGGCAUUGAGAUUAGUCCCAAUAAUGUUGGGUUCACUCUUGAAUUCCUUCAAUUGGAAACUUGAAGCAAACAUUGAGCCAAAAGACUUAGACAUGGAGGAAACAUUUAGUUUCAUCUCAUCCAAAGCUCAUCCUUUGCGAGUUAUCCCAUCUCCUCUUUGAUGUUUGUAUAAUGUAAUAAUUGAGUGCACGUAAGAUUUCCUACUGUUGUUGUUUUUUCAGGUUUAUUAUUUUUGGUCCUUUUCCUUUUCAAAACAAAAUAAAUUUUGUAUGUUUUACAUUUUUUGGUCCUCUUUUGCACUUGAAAGUGUCUUUUUUUAAAUAAACACCUUGCC